AUGGACUCAGAAACCUCUCAAAAGCUUCCAGCUAUUGACUUCACCAACAUCAACUUAUCCAAUAGGGAGUUCCUUAAAUCCCAAGUCUACGAAGCACUAGUAGAAUACGGUUGUUUUGAAGCCACUUUUGAUCAAAUACCUUUAGACCUUUGCAAAGCCAUGCUUGGUGCAAUACAAGAGUUAUUUGAUCUUCCUCUAGAGAUUAAAACACUCGAUGCGUGUAAGAUGAAUCAUCAAGGUUAUGUUGGUCAAUCUCCUGUAAUACCACUUUUUGAAAGCAUUGGUAUUGACUAUGCAAAUAUUUUUGAGAGAGUAAAAACCAUAACCGACAUCUGGUGGCCUCAAGGAAACCCUAGUUUUAGCAAAACUAUAAAUUCCUUCACUGUGAAGCUAGUAGAGUUGGAUGAAAUGAUUAGGAAGAUGGUUUUGGAAAGUUUGGGUGUUGAAAAGUACAUGCAAGAGCACAUGAACUCAACUGAGUAUCUUCUCCGAGUUAUGAAAUAUAAAAGUCCACAAACCAGUGAGAAAAAACUAGGCCUACUGACACACACAGAUCAGACCCUUGUGACCAUAUUGUACCAAAAUCAAGUGGGGGGUUUAGAAGUAAUGACAAAAGAUGAGAAAUGGAUAAGCUACGAGCCUUCUUCUCCACAUAGCUUCCUGGUUAUAGUUGGUGAUUCAUUUAAUGCAUGGUCAAACGGGAGGUUGGAUUCACCGUUCCAUCGAGUGAUGAUGAGGGGAAGUGAGACAAGAUAUUCUUUAGGGUUGUUCACUCUCCCAAAAAAAGGUUGUAUUGUUAAUGCUCCAGAUGAGAUGGUGGACGAGGAACACCCUUUGCUUUUUAAGCCUUUUGAUUUUGCUGAGUUCCUCGACUAUCGUUAUUCUGAAAAAGGUCUUAGAGAUCCAUUUUCUCUACGCACUUACUGUGGUGUUUGA